AUGCGACGCGGUCUCUUGAUCUUCGUUGUGGUGAAUCUGCUCAUCCUCACAUUGCUCGUCCGCAGCGUGUCGACGUUGCUUUCGCUCUUGGUCGAAGAUGCGGCGGCCGACGCCAUCCACCGUGCGGAAUUGCCAUCCCCCAACUCGAGUCUGAUUGAAACGAGACCGCAGAUCAUUCCGAAGAUCAUUCACCAGACCUACAAAAACGAAACGAUUCCGGAAGUGUGGAGAGAAGCGCAGCAGAGUUGCAUUGAUUUACAUCCGGAUUAUGAGUAUAUUCUGUGGACAAAUGAGAAGUCGCGCGAGUUUAUCGCUGCCGAAUACCCGUGGUUCCUGGAUACGUUUGACGGCUACAAGUACCCGAUCCAGCGCGCGGACACGAUACGAUACUUUGUUCUAGCGCAUUAUGGUGGUACCUACAUCGACCUAGACGACGGCUGCAAUCGCCGUCUCGACCCCCUCCUUGCUUACCCGGCCUGGGUCCGUCGCACCGUCCCCACUGGCAUCUCCAACGACGCCAUGGGGUCUGUUCCUCAGCACCCGUUCUUCCUGCGCGUGAUUGAGCUGUUGCAAAAGUUUGACCGCAAGUGGGUUCUGCCAUAUAUCACAGUCAUGUAUUCGACGGGUCCGCUGUUCCUCUCGGUGAUCUGGAAAGAAUAUAUGCAGGACAAGCCCAGUGAAUCCGCUCGGGUACGAAUCUUGAUGCAGGACGAAUACAAUCGAUUCUCGUGGAGCUUCUUCACGCACCACAAGGGCAACAGUUGGCACGGCAAGGACGCGCACUUGAUCUUCUGGAUGGGUCAACAUUGGAUGUUCCUCACGUUCUGCGGAUUUGUGCUCGCAGGUGUUUUGGGCAUAUGCUUGUGGUGGACAUAUGGUCGCAUCAUGCUUCUUGGCUCCAAGUAUCGGUAUCGAUAUUCCAAGGUGCCGACCAUCUUCAGCCCACGACUUUCGUCCUCACCCACGCGGCGCGCCCGCGGCCUCGUACCGACAAUACUGCGGAGUGUCAGUUUCAAGGAGGAUGAGGAACUGGGUGGUGUCACCGAAACAUCUUACGAACUUGGUCGUCGUGAUGAUUAA